CCCUUCAAGCGAACUCCUAACGAUCCAUCGUGCAUUACUAUUCAUCCCCAACAUCCUUACCAGCAAGUCCCUUGGAAUCACGUCGCCGCUCCUCGCCGUCGCCGUCCCCGUCGCUCUUGUCUAGCCGUCUUGCACCAAGGCUCGCUCGACGAUGCAGCAGACGCCUCGUAUCAAUCAACCCCCCGAAGCCGAGAUUCCGGGCAUCUACUCGUCUCAACAUGUGUCCUUAGACGUGCCAGCCUUUCAUCAGGACGGCCGUCCGCCUGCUGUCAAAUAUGCGUCUCUGCCCGCCUACCACUCUCCUCUACGGCACCACAAGCGCGCAGCAUCGUCCACCAGACGCGUCAAGGAGACGCUCAAUGCACGAUCCGAGUACAGCAACAGCGAAGAUGAUGGAACCGCCCAGCACCGCAUCAAUCAGUAUCUGGUGAAACAGGAGAUCGGACGCGGGUCUUUUGGCGCUGUCCACCUCGCAAUGGACCAAUAUGGCCACGAAUAUGCUGUAAAGGAGUUUUCCAAAUCCCGCCUGCGGAAACGAGCACAAUCCAAUCUUCUUCGAAGACCUAGUGCCCGACGAAGACGCCAGGGUGCUCUGGCUGCUGGCUUGGGAUUCAACUCGCCCCUCCAUCGACACUCAUCCUCCGAAGAGAACAACUCGUUGGACCUCAUCAAGGAGGAAAUCGCCAUUAUGAAGAAGCUGCACCACCCUAACCUCGUCUCGUUGAUCGAAGUGCUCGACGACCCGGAAGAGGAUUCCUUGUACAUGGUAAUGGAAAUGUGUAAGAAAGGGGUCGUCAUGCAGGUAGGUCUCGAGGAGCGCGCAGAUCCAUACCCUCAAGAGCAGUGUCGAUGUUGGUUUCGGGACAUGAUCUUGGGCUUGGAAUAUCUCCAUGCCCAAGGUAUUAUCCACCGAGAUAUCAAACCCGACAAUUGCCUCAUAACAGAUGAUGAUGUUUUGAAGAUUGUUGAUUUUGGAGUGUCUGAGAUGUUUGAUAAGCAAGGCGAAAUGAAGACCGCUAAAUCUGCUGGGUCGCCCGCGUUUAUGCCCCCCGAACUUUGCGUAGCCAAACACGGUGAAGUUGAUGGAAGGGCUGUCGACAUAUGGUCAAUGGGUGUUACCCUUUUCUGCCUCCUGUUUGGUAGGAUACCUUUUGAGAAACACGGUAUGAUCGAACUGUAUCAGGCUAUACGCAUGGAUCAGCCGGAGUACGAUGAGUGCGACUCUGAUCUGCUUGAUCUUCUCUGCCGACUGCUGGAGAAGGAUCCGCAAAAACGAAUUAACAUGGACGAGAUAAGAGAACACCCGUGGGUUACGCGGCAAGGAACGGAUCCGCUAUUGCCAACAUCGGAAAAUGUAGCAGCUCUGGUGGAGCCUCCCACAGAUGAAGAAGUCAACGCCGCCAUCACAGGAAAUAUGGGACAUUUGGUAACGGUUGUCCGAGCUGUAAAACGAUUCAAGCAACUGCUUUUCAGAAGACGGCCAGAACGACUUGAGGGCAUAUUAGGGAGCGCCUCGCGUAUAGUACAGCCUCCACUAAAUAUGCGGCCAUCAGCGCUUCGGAAAUCCAGGUCACAAGAUACUGACGACCGACGACCGAUCGAAGGUGCUCUGACGGCGGAAGGCAUACAUCACGAUAUCGAGGUUGAUAGUGAUACACAUCGUCUUCCCCCGCACGCAGACGUAAUGGCGUAUUCGAAGCCUGGACCUCGCGCUGCUGGCAUGGGAAGUAAAUCCUCGUCGAAAUUUUCUACAACGAGCACCCCCCAGUCACCCAUCUCUACAACAGACGCGAAAGUUAUUCACGAGACCUUGUCCUACCGAAAUUCCGUUUCAAAGUCGAUUACCAUACCUUCUACAGCAGUUUCUUCAGCACCUACUACCCCACUUGGGAAAGGGCAUGCGCACGACCCACUCGAGGAUACGCUUUUUCUUAAUAUCGGCACAGGCGAAGACUACGCGCCUCCCCCCUCGGAAGAAUCGUUUCUUGUUUCCGAGUCUCCGUCGGCCGUGGAUAUCGACAUAUACGAUACGGCCUACCGUGAAGAGAUAGCUCGAAUCGCGAAACGUAGAGAAGAAACCACGCCCGGUCGACGCCCGACGCUGUACCUCACUCGACGAGUGGAGAAUGUGAAGUCGAUAGUGCGCGAUAACAACGAUUGCAUAUUUGACCACGGUAAAUCACCCAUUGAAUCACGGGCGGAUCUAAAGGGCGGAUUCAAGAGUUUCGUGAAAAAGGCCAAAGAGGAGAUCGAAGCAAGAGGAGAGUUGCAGAAGUUGAACGAAGGAAAAGAGGGUAAGCUUAGUAGAAUUACGCGGAAUGUGAGAGAGGCAAAACGCGCUGUCGAAGAAGAGAGGGAGAUCAUUAGGCGUGAAGACAGAGAGAAGGAGAAGGGAAAGGUGGUUGAAAGAAGCAGGAGUUCCACACCAGUGGCCAGCUCCAGAGGACUGAGUCGCAGUGCUACGCCGAUCCUGGUGGAGAAAUAG